UAAUCACAUGGUACAAAAUGGCGUACGAUCACGUCAUCUAUGCAUUAGAAUCAAGUUCCACAUGCGUAUUGAAACGUAUUUAGUUCCGAUAUAUAAACAUUAUCUCUUUAAGUGUUCAAUGAUGGCUUAUAUGUCAAUAAAUUCUGGCACAACACGUAAAAUGUCUUUUGGUUUUAAUGGAAAGAUGAAUGGAGUUGAGGGUAAAACUCCUUUUUUAAUUGGAGUUUCGGGUGGUACAGCGAGUGGAAAGUCAACUGUAUGUAAACGUAUAAUGGAAAAAUUGGGUCAGGUUGACAUGGAUCAUAUGCAACGACGAGUUGUUUGCAUAUCACAAGAUAGUUUCUAUCGUGAACUUACACCAGCUGAGAAAUUAAAGGCUGAGAAAGGACAAUACAACUUUGAUCAUCCUGAUGCAUUUGAUAAUGAUAUGAUUUUGCUGACUCUGCAAGAUAUACUUGCAGGUGUCAAAUGCCAGAUACCAGUAUAUGAUUAUAGAACUAACAGUUUGAUGAAGGAUCAGGUAACAACAAUAUAUCCUGCAGAUGUAGUUUUGUUCGAAGGAAUUCUAGUUUUCUAUUUUCCUAAAAUAAGAGACUUAUUUCAUAUGAAGUUGUUUGUAGAUACAGACUCGGACACCAGAUUGGCUAGAAGGGUACCCAGAGAUAUAAAUGAAAGAGGGAGAGAUUUAGAUUAUGUAUUAAAUCAAUAUAUGAACUUUGUGAAACCUGCAUUCGAAGAGUUUUGUUUACCUACCAAAAAAUUUGCUGAUGUUAUUAUCCCUAGAGGAGCAGAUAAUACAGUGGCAAUAGAUCUAAUAGUGCACCACAUCUGGGACAUUUUACGCUUGAAAAAGGCUGACAAAUCAACCGGGCAGCAUCCAUACAUCUGUCAGCAUAGGCGUACUUUGGCUUCAUCCGACACACUCAGCAUAUGAUUUGAGAAAAUAACACAUGAUGAAAUUAAUUACAUGCACUGCAUUUUUGCACUAGUAAACUGCAUAUUUCUUACGCAGUAACCUCGCAUCUGUUGCUUUUUAUACUUAUGCUCGUUCUGUGCGUGUACAUGUAAUAAAUACUACAUACGCACGUUCACCCAUA